ACGCGAUCCGUCCGUAAGCAAAACCAGCGUGCCACGCCACCGUUUCGAGCGUUCGUGCGUGCGUGCGUGCGUGCGUGCCACGUCACCGCAUUUGCCCCGGUCAAAACGGGGAAGAACUUCUCCUCUGCUGCAAGCCAAACCCAUCUGAACCAGUAAACAAGAAGAAGAAGAAGAAGAAGAAGAAGAAGAAGACGACCUCGACGUCCAAAGGUUACGCCUUUGGAGGCUUUUCGCACUCGAGCAGGACCGCAAGCGAGAACCCACGAUGAGAAUCUCUCUCUCUCUCGUGCUUUUCCUCCUCUUCUCGCUCCUCGUCGAUUCCUCGGACCUCCCGGACGUCCCGGCCCGGCCCGUCUCCAGGGCCCACGCGGAGCUGACCGCCUACGGCUUCCCGAUCGGCCUCCUGCCCGCCGACGUCCGGGGCUACUCCAUCAACGCCACCUCCGGCGACUUCGCCGUCGACCUCCACGGCCCGUGCCGCCUCACGCUGCCCCCCGACAACUACCUGGCCGCCUACUCGGAGAAGAUAACUGGGAAGAUCGUGAGGGGCCGGAUCGCCGGGCUGGAGGGGAUCCGGGUCAGGGCCCUCUUCCGGUGGUGGUCUAUCACCGGGAUCAAGUCGAGCGGCGAGAACCUGGUCUUCGAGGUCGCCGGCGUCAGCGCCAAGUACCCCUCCAAGAACUUCGACGAGGCCCCCGCCUGCGAAGGAGGGAAGCGAAGUUCUUCUUGAGCUGUGUGGCUAAUCUCCACGGUUCAGGUAGCAUGUUUAUGGACUGUCGAGAAGCCUGUAGGAGAUUGAGAUAAAUUGGCCAAAAAGAUUUGAGUAGUUGAUGUCUGUUUUAUUAGGUUAAUGUUAAUGACUAUUUCCUCUUAUCUGGGGAUGCUUGCUGUUACUUUCCAGUAUCAUUUACUAGUUGAUGCAGGUAAAAGAGAACAAGAAAAUGCUGGUGUGUAUAUUUUGGCCAUGACUCGUGAACUUGUUUGCUAGUAGAGAUAAUAAGAUAACGACUAUUCUGUAAAUUCGAUUAAGGAAGGAUUACUUUGCGUCAAUAUGGCGCGGAAAUAUGUAUUGGCCAUGCAUUUUGCCUCACGAAACCCAAA